UCACAUAGACGAGUCACGACGUAUCACGCGUAUCGAAACAAAACGUUGUUAGAGAGAGUUUCUUCGAUUCCGGCGACCUCAUUGGUGGUGUGACACUACUUUUGUACCUUUCUCUUCGCUUUACACUCCUUGAGCGGUUUCGAUGGCGGACGGAAACGCCGCUUCGCGUUACGUGAAAUUGAGGAAAGAGCAGGCUCCUGUCGAAGAAGAUAUCACACCCGGCGAACUCAAUCAGCCCAUUGAUGUUCCUCAGUUGAAUGUCCGAAAGUGCCAUGAAUGUAUGCAAGUUUUACCUGAGACAUAUGAACCCCCUUCUGAUGAAAACUGGACCACCGGCAUUUUUGGUUGUGCUGAAGAUCCAGAAAGCUGCAGGACUGGUCUCUUUUGCCCGUGUGUACUGUUUGGGCGUAACGUUGAAGCAGUGAGGGACGAGAUUCCUUGGAACCAAGCAUGUGUAUGCCAUGCAAUAUGUGUCGAAGGAGGUAUGGCACUUGCAGCAGUAACCGCACUCUUCAGUGGCUACAUUGAUCCUCAAACAACAGUCGUGAUAUGCGAAGGCCUCUUCUUUGCUUGGUGGAUGUGUGGAAUCUAUUCAGGUUUGUUCCGCCAAGAACUCCAGAAGAAAUAUCAUCUCAAGAAUGCGCCUUGUGAUCAUUGCAUGGUUCACUGUUGCCUGCACUGGUGUGCUUUGUGCCAGGAACACAGGGAGAUGAAGAAUCAUCUUUCUGACACAGAAGCCUCAUCAUCAACUACAAUGGAUCCUCCCCCGGUUCAAGAGAUGAACACCGAGGAGAAAAGAGACGAUUCAUCUUCUUCGUCUUCUUCGUCCCCAUCAUCUGCCAAAAGCCAACACAAUGAUCUCGAGAUGGUCCCUCUAUAGGAAACGUUCCCUCUAAAGCUGUUUUUUUCCGUGCAGAGAAGUUUUCGUACCAGAUGAUUCUAUUUGCCCUUAGGUUUUACAUAUGCAAAAGUUUGUUCUAAGAGAACAAUUGUCAUUUUUCAGAACUUAAUUCAUGACUUCACUGAAUCUCUUGUGAGAAGUAGAAACAUCUGUCUCUGAACUAUUUGGUGACUAAAUGAUUACGUCUUAUGAUAGAAA